AUGGGGUGCCCUAAUGAACCGUCAACACUUGUGUCAGCUGCGCGCGUCUCGACGUCGCGCCGGAAAACUUUGGAUUUUGUACCCACAACCUGUCUCGAAAUGCUCUCUGCCAGGACAUUGUUCGGGAGCAUUCUGCGAACAAAUGUGGCUUCCCGUCUCAGUAGUACUCUAGUCAUUGCUGAACAUGACGAUGUUAACCUCGCACCGAUUACUCUCAACGCCAUUACUGCUGCCGGCAAGCUUGGAAACGAUAUCUCCGUUCUAAUAACCGGAGCAAAUGCAUCAAAAGUAGCGGAACAGGUGGCGAAGGUAUCAGGAGUAAAGAAAGUUAUUGUUGCACAAGACGAGAAGCUCAAGAACAAUCUGCCAGAACGUGUUGCACCGGUAGUCCUUGCUUCACAGAAACAGUUCAAUUUCUCGUCGAUAGUCGCUGGAUCAUCAGCGUUUGGACGAAGUGUGGUUCCACGAGUUGCUGCUAAGCUUGACUGUUCACCAAUUAGCGAUGUUACAGAAGUUCAUUCGGCAGAUACAUUCACGAGGACACAAUAUGCCGGAAAUGCUAUUGUGAAGGUUCAAAGCUCAGCGCCUGUGAAGGUGAUUACUUUCCGUGGCACAUCUUUUCCACCAGCCCAGCAAGGCGGAAGUGGUACAGUCGAAAAUGCACCGGUAACUGACAUAAAGACGGAUUCAUCGGAGUUCAUCAGCCAAGAGCUUAGCAAAUCUGAGCGACCUAAUCUAACCACUGCGAAGAUCGUCGUGUCGGGUGGACGUGGACUUAAGAGUGGAGAGAACUUCAAGUUGAUCUAUGACCUUGCCGACAAGCUCGGUGCAGGAGUUGGAGCAUCCAGAGCAGCUGUUGAUGCUGGAUUUGUGCAUAAUGACAUGCAAGUUGGACAAACUGGAAAGAUUGUCGCUCCGGAGCUGUACAUUGCCAUCGGUAUCUCUGGGGCCAUUCAACAUCUAGCAGGAAUGAAAGACAGCAAGGUGAUCGUUGCCAUUAACAAGGAUCCAGAUGCACCAAUCUUCCAGGUGGCCGAUUUCGGACUAAAAGCUGACCUGUUCAAAGCCGUACCAGAAAUGACAGCUGCUCUAUGA